AUGCCGAAGAACAGCAAGGUGACACAGCGCGAACACAGCAAUGAGCAUGUCACCGAGUCCGUGGCUGACUUGCUGGCCCUCGAGGAGCCUGUAGACUAUAAGCAGAGUGUACUGAAUGUGGCCGGCGAGACAGGUGGCAAGCAGAAGGCAGCGGAGGAGGAGUUGGAUGCAGAGGACCGGCCGGCCUGGAAUAGCAAGCUGCAGUACAUCCUGGCCCAGAUUGGCUUUUCUGUGGGUCUUGGCAACAUCUGGAGGUUCCCCUACCUGUGCCAGAAAAAUGGAGGAGGUGCCUACCUGGUGCCAUACCUGGUGCUGCUGAUCAUUAUUGGCAUCCCCCUCUUCUUUCUGGAGCUGGCUGUGGGCCAGAGGAUCCGCCGUGGCAGCAUCGGUGUGUGGCACUACGUGUGCCCCCGCCUGGGGGGCAUCGGCUUUUCCAGCUGUAUUGUCUGCCUCUUCGUUGGGCUGUACUACAAUGUGAUCAUUGGGUGGAGUGUCUUCUACUUCUUCAAGUCCUUCCAGUACCCGCUGCCCUGGAGCGAAUGUCCUGUCAUCAGGAAUGGGACUGUGGCAGUGGUGGAGCCAGAGUGUGAGAAGAGCUCAGCCACUACCUACUUCUGGUACCGAGAGGCCUUGGACAUCUCCAACUCCAUCUCAGAGAGCGGGGGCCUCAACUGGAAGAUGACACUCUGCCUCCUUGUGGCCUGGAGCAUCGUGGGCAUGGCUGUAGUCAAGGGUAUCCAGUCCUCUGGAAAGGUAAUGUAUUUCAGCUCCCUCUUCCCCUACGUGGUGUUGGCCUGCUUCCUGGUUCGGGGGCUGCUGCUGCGAGGGGCGAUAGAUGGCAUCCUGCACAUGUUCACUCCCAAGCUGGACAAGAUGCUGGACCCCCAGGUGUGGCGGGAGGCAGCCACCCAGGUCUUCUUCGCCCUGGGGCUGGGCUUCGGAGGUGUCAUCGCCUUUUCCAGCUACAACAAACAGGACAAUAACUGCCACUUCGAUGCUGCCUUGGUGUCCUUCAUCAACUUCUUCACCUCGGUGUUGGCCACCCUCGUGGUGUUUGCUGUACUGGGCUUCAAAGCCAACAUCAUGAAUGAGAAGUGUGUGGUCGAGAAUGCUGAGAAAAUCCUAGGGUACCUCAACUCCAAUGUCUUGAGCCGGGACCUCAUUCCACCCCACGUCAACUUCUCACACCUGACCACCAAGGACUACUCCGAGAUGUACAACGUCAUCAUGACCGUUAAGGAAAAACAGUUCUCAGCCCUGGGCCUGGAUCCCUGCCUCCUGGAGGAUGAACUUGACAAGUCUGUGCAGGGCACAGGCCUGGCCUUCAUCGCCUUCACUGAGGCCAUGACACAUUUCCCGGCCUCCCCCUUCUGGUCUGUCAUGUUCUUCCUGAUGCUCAUCAACCUGGGCCUGGGCAGCAUGAUCGGGACGAUGGCGGGAAUCACCACACCUAUCAUCGACACCUUCAAGGUGCCCAAGGAGAUCUUCACAGUGGGCUGCUGUGUCUUUGCAUUCUUCGUGGGGCUGUUGUUCGUCCAGCGCUCCGGAAACUAUUUCGUCACCAUGUUCGAUGACUACUCGGCCACGCUGCCACUCACCGUCAUUGUCAUCCUUGAGAACAUCGCUGUGGCCUGGAUUUAUGGGACCAAGAAGUUCAUGCAGGAGCUAACAGAGAUGCUGGGCUUCCGACCCUACCGCUUCUAUUUCUACAUGUGGAAGUUCGUGUCCCCAUUGUUCAUGGCUGUUCUCACCACAGCCAGCAUCAUCCAGCUGGGGGUGUCGCCCCCAGGCUACAGUGCCUGGAUCAAAGAGGAGGCUGCUGAACGCUACUUAUACUUCCCCAACUGGGCCAUGGCACUGCUGAUCACCCUCAUUGCCGUGGCAACUCUGCCCAUCCCUGUGGUGUUCAUCUUGCGGCACUUCCACCUGCUCUCCGACGGUUCCAACACCCUCUCUGUGUCCUACAAGAAGGGACGCAUGAUGAAGGACAUCUCCAAUCUGGAGGAGAAUGAUGAGACCCGCUUCAUCCUCAGCAAGGUGCCCAGCGAGGCACCCUCCCCCAUGCCCACCCACCGCUCCUAUCUGGGGCCUGGCAGCACAUCGCCCCUGGAGAGCAGCGGCAAUCCCAACGGACGUUAUGGAAGCGGCUACCUCCUGGCCAGCACCCCUGAGUCAGAGCUGUGA